GAAAAAAAUCACUUGAGAUAAAACUUCUUAUUUAAUCAUUAAAAAUCGUAUUGUCCUUUACUUCAUCCAUCGUCACGAUGGCACCAUUCACUUUUUUUAAUUUCCUAUUUUUGGUCACAAUUGUAACUUGCAAAACCACCAUAGACGAUGUAGGUCCUCUUGAAAUGGGGCUUCGCGAAUAUUUCCAAACAGGCAUAGCCACAGAUGAGUUUCUCAAAACAUUGCAUUCUUACGAAUUUCCUUACUUGUUCCGUGAUGGAAUGGAAAAUGUUUACGAUAACCCGACUGUAUGCUACAUGUGUAACUUAGUGGUUGAUUUAGUGAUUGGUGAGCGUUUUUUGGGCUUAACUCGUGAAACACUAGUCAAGGAAGCAACUCUUUUGUGUACCCAUUUGAAAAUUGAGAACGAGAGGGUUUGCAAAGGCGCAAUUGAGCUUAAUAUUGAUGUUUUUCUUUACGCGAUCGAUAAUUACGCGAAUUUUACAUCAAAUCGAAUUUGCGGUUCGAUUCUUCAAGCGCAAGGGUGUCCCACUGGUGAUGCCUUCGAAUGGUCGAUUGAUUUACCAUCUGGUAAUUCACCCGAACGUCCAAAACCCAACGAUACGGACGUCCCUACUUUUACUAUAUUACAACUAAGUGAUAUUCACUACGAUCCUAAUUAUACCCCAAAUGGUAAUGCCGAUUGUGGCGAACCUAUUUGUUGUCAACCGGAUCAAGGUGAGCCUUCAAGUCCUGAAAACGCUUGUGGGUAUUGGACAGAUUAUAGAGAUGCUGAUAGUCCUUGGCAUUUAGUUGAGGAAACAGUCAGACAGGCUAAAACCCAGAAAUUUGACUAUGCUUACUACACUGGCGAUAUUAUCAGUCAUCGAAUUUGGGAAACAAGCGUCGAAAAUAAUACCGAAGCUAUCACUAAACUGUAUUCCUACUUCAAGGAUAAUUUGGGUGUUCCAGUUUAUCCGAUUUUUGGAAACCAUGAACCUCACCCUCUUAAUGUGUGGCCUACUGAUAAGGUGGCCGAUUCUUUUGAUAUUAAAUGGCUGUUUGAGCUUGCGGCCAAACACUGGUCCGAUUUAAUAGGUGAAGAUAUCAGUGAAACGGUUUUAAAAGGUGGUUACUAUUCAGUUAGUCCUAGACCCGGAUUUAGGAUCAUUGGUGUUAACAGCAAUGUUGGAUAUACUGAUAAUUGGUGGUUGAUUUACGACGACUUUGACCCUUACGAUCAAUUGCAGUGGUUAGUCCAGACUCUUAAAAAAGCCGAAGAUAAUAAUGAAAGUGUUCACAUUUUGACCCAUGUUCCGACUGGUUCUUCCUCAAGUCUUAAGGUCUGGAAUCGCGAAUAUAAUAGAAUUAUUGAAAGAUUUGCAAAUACCAUCACUGGGCAUUUUAAUGGACACACCCAUAAAGACGAAUUUCAUGUUCAUUACAAUAGUUCAAAUCCGACUCAAGCAAUCGGAGUUGUGUUUAACGGAGCUUCCGUAACUCCGUUCUCUAAUUCGAACCCGAGUUUCAAAUACUAUUACGUGGACGAAAGCACUUUUAAUUUGGUAGAUUAUGACGAGUGGACUUUUAAUUUGACUCUUGCCAACUCUCAAGACUCCUCAAAGUCGCCCGAGUGGUACAAAUUGUAUAGCUUUGUUGAAGCUUAUGGUGUUGAUAAUUUGUUGCCUUCCGAAGUUGAUAAACUUUUGAAUAAAAUGACCCAAGACCACUCUCUUCUUGAUGAUUACUUCAAGUUUAAGUAUCGCAACGGUGAUCCUGGUAUUAAAAAUGGCUGCAGUGAUUCGUGCAAGAAAAAUUUACUUUGUAAUAUUGUAACAACAGUAUAUGGCGAAAAUGACCAAUGUGAACGUUUUAUGGAUUUGUACGAUCAAUAACUGUGAAAAAUAAAUUUUGAAAUACA